AUGGUUGUAGUUCCAGUUCUCACAGCCGAGGAGAAGGAGCACUUCCUCAACAAUGGCUGGCUCAAGAUCCCCGGUGCCUUCACCAAGGAGCAAGCCGCCGAGGUGACCAAGGACGUCUGGACCCGCCUGGGCAUGGACCCAAACGACAAGACGACAUGGCACAGGGUGUGGACCAACAUGCCGCACCACAACUCCUUCGACGCGCGGGACUUCGCGCCGCGGGCCUGGGCCGCCAUCGCCGAGCUCUGCGGCGGCGAGGGCCGCAUCGACCCGGCCUUCCGGCAGUGGCGCGACAGCCUGAUCGUGAACCUGGGGUCCGCCGAGCGCGAGGGCCAGCCCGACCCGCCGCGGGAGCUGCCCCGCUGGCACGUCGACGGCGACUUCUUCGUGCACUACCUCGACUCGCCCGAGCAGGGGCUCCUGGUGGUCCCGCUGUUCACGGACGUGCCGCCCUCGGGCGGCGGGACCAUGAUCUACCCCCGGGGGAUGCGCGAGGUGGCGGCCCACCUGCGCGACCACCCGGAGGGCGUGUCGCCGCUCAUGGUGCCCCGGGGCGAGCCGGGCUUCAAGAUCGACUUCAGGCGCGACGGGGACCUGAAGUGGUUCGGGGAGGUCGCGUCGCGGGGGGCCGACGGCGACUUCAUCGAGGUGUGCGGCUCCGUGGGCGACGUCUACGUGCUCCACCCGCUCAUGAUGCACGCGAGCACCAACAACGCCCUGCGCCACGUGCGCAUCAUCACCAACCCGCCCAUCGCGCUGAAGGAGCCGUUCCGGUUCCACAGGGCCGACGGCUCCGAGUACAGCCUCGUCGAGAGGGCGACGCUCAGGAUGCUGGGGAAGGGCGAGGGCGAGGGCCUGGAGGGGUGGGAGAUCACGCACCCCAGGGAGGCGCUCGUGCCGGAGAGGAUGCGGAUCCAGGAGCGGUGGAAGCAGGAGGAGCUGAAGAGGCUGGAGGAGCAGAGGAAGUUAGGGGGGAAGCCCGGACCGGCCGCUGUCACAGCUUGA